AUGAAGCGGGCGCACGAGGAUGACGAUGGCGGCGAGCGUCCAGCAAAGACACAGCGACUUACGAAACCCGACAGGAUAUCAAGAUUGAGCGAGGAGCUGCUUGUGCGCAUUCUAUCCUUCGUUCCAGUAUCCUCGCUCCUAAGAUGUCAGAGGGUAUCAAAGAAGCUCAGCCGCCUCUCAGUCGACUCGGAACUCUGGAAAGCUGCCUACUACCGCGCAUUCGUGCUCCCAAGAGCCUCUCGUAUACCGGGCAUUCGAGACCUCACCAACCCUAACCGGCUACACUACUCGUCGAGGCUAUCGAAAUGGCUGGAAGACAGUUAUCUAGUCAAGGAUGGGUCGCAAACAAAUUGGAAGCAACAAUAUCGGCUACGGCAUAAUUGGACCCAAGGCCAAUGCGCCGUCAGCGAGAUCGUCGUUGCUGAACGGCCGCCAGAUCCGCCACUUCUGGUGAUAAUGUCGAACCGCAUAGUGUAUGCUGCAGACUCAAUAUCAGGCCUCCGAGCAUGGAGUUCAAAGAAUGGCCGUGAGCUAUUGGCAUCUACAGGACUUUGGGGUGAAGCAGAAACACCUCGACUACCAAUAUCUAUGGCUAUAGAUGCAUCAGAGGGAGAAAAAAGCACUGAACGAGUCGUAAUAGGAUUUGAAGAUGGGUCUUUCUCGAUAUACUCCCUAACAAACAACCACACUAGGUUUAAGAGUCUAUUCACGCACCCGCCUUCCACGAAUGGAAUGCUAUCAGCGCUUGCAUACUCAUCUCCUUACCUCCUUACUAUGACUGAGGAUCACCUAUUAUCCUUGUAUGCUUUCGAAGGCCGACCGGAUGCUCGGGGCAUUUUGAAAGCCCCCAAACUCCUAUACUCCCUACGAUCACAUACUGCGUGGCCACCUGUGUCCUUGUCUCUACGGACAACCGCCGCAAGUAUGACUGCCGCUAUUGCGUAUUCACUGCCGACGUACCUUUCUGGAUGGACUGUCGGUGUACAAGAGCUGAGGCUUUCGCACGAAGGGGAGCUCCUUGAAUCACGCCUGGCUACAGCUGCAGACGAACACUCAUUCACCUUAUCUGCAUGCCGCUUAGCAUCGUCGUCCGUUCGUCCGGCAUCACCUUCACCAGGAAGUGCAAGGGAGCAUUCAGUACCGAGCGUUUCAAGCAAUUCGAAGCCUACUUCAAUGUCAUACUCACAUCCGUACUUAUUAGUCGCACAUCCAGACAACACGCUCGCGUUAUACUUGGUCCGGUCAACUUCGUCAGCACUUUCGAUAGGCUCUGGUAAUCGACUCUGGGGUCAUACCUCUUCAAUAUCUGGCGCUCAUGUCGGUAUGCGUGGUAAAGCGGUGUCAGUGAGCAGACUAGGAAACGAGCUCCGUGUUUGGGACUUGGAAGGUGGUAUGAAUUCAUCAGCAAACCGUAAGCGAUCAAGAAAUGGAGACCUAAGUGUUCGCGUGCAACCAUCCAAGUUUGGAGAUGAGGAUGCUCAAGACGACGAAUCGGGAAGCCGGGUCGGGCUACGGUUUGCGCUAGAGCAGGGAUUCGACGACGAAUCGGUGAGCCAUGGAUGGGUUGGGUUUGACGAGCAAAAUGUGAUUGUUCUUCGCCAGAAGAGCGAAGGUAGCCAGGCAUUAGUGGUGUACGAUUUCACAUGA